AUGGCAUCAGAAGCCCGUCUAUUCGCGCUCUCCACCGAAAACCAAAAGUCCAUCCGGGACUUCCGUCUCAAAGGCUCCAAAAAGGGCACAGCCUGCCUAAUCUUCUCCAUCUCCAAAACAAACCACGAUAUCAUCCCCGACUCCGCAACGGAAGACGGUCCCCUGACUCUCUCCUCCAUCGAGGAACUCGCUGACGAACUCCCCGACAACACCCCACGAUUCGUUUUGUUGUCGUAUGAAUUGGAAUUUGAUGAUGGGAGGAAGAGUACGCCGUUGUGCAUGCUGUAUUGGGCACCACGGACGAGUAGUUUGGAGAUGACGAUGUUGUAUGCCAGUGCGAGGGUGUGGUUUGCGGAGAAAUGUGAUACUGGGAAGGUGUUGGAGUGUAGGGACGGAGAUGAUUUGACGGAUGAGUGGGUGAAGGAGCAAUUGAUGUAG